AUGCCAUCUACUCACAGGUCAGGCAGUCCCACUCAGCAAUCAUCUCGUUCACCUGCCUCUGUCACCUCUCAUACCUCUCACGCCUCUCAUACCUCUCACCAUUCUCUUCUCUCUCGUCACUCUCAUUCUUCCCACCACUCUCAACAGUCUCAGCACUCUUCUCAGCACUCUCGCUCUCUUCGUCGGCGCCGUCGUCGUCGCAGCCGUCGCUCGUCCCAGUCUGCCGCUGCAAAGCCCGACUCGCCACGAAUCGUCCUCGGCCACGGCACCAUCGCCCGUCUGCCCACCGAGCUCAACAGGCUCUGCCUCUCCCGCCCGCUCAUCAUCUACAGCCAAUCUCGUCUGUUACUUGCGAAUCGCAUCCGCACUCUGCUGCCCAACUUCGACGCCCACAUCAACGAUUCAGACACACGCCCCAGCUCGGCCAUGAUGUUUGGUCGCGACUCUGUAAUUAGUGUUGGAGGGCCUCGAGCCGUCGAGAUGGCGAGAAGAGUCAGCUCCAAGAUGACCAUUCCGCAUAUUUGUAUUCCGACGACACAUAGCGGUGCGGCUGGGGGUCUUUCGGCUUGGACAGACCAGCAGGUGGCUUUCGAUAGCCCUACAAGUCUUGAAGAGGAGGAGGAGGAACAGGAGGAUAGCGAUGUCUGCGGCAAUGGUAAGAAAAAGAUGCUGCCGGCGGUGAUUAUAUAUGACGAGAGAUUCACGGAGAGCCACACAAAGAGAAUUUCUGCCCCAUCAGGCUUCUUUGUCGACGCCGACAGCGAUGUCGAUGAGAAUUUCGAGCCCGGUACUGGUGCAGUCUGCAACGAUGCAACUGUUGACCUAACAGACAACAAGGCAUCAGAACGGAGAUCUGCCAAUAGUAGCACGGCUCAGUGGAGUUAUAUCCACCUGCCAGGCGUCUGA